UUAUAUAUUAUUAUACAGAUGGCGCCACUUUCGGAAUCAAUUUUGAUAGUUGAAUUACAUUUUCAUCUUUAAAUCGUAUACGAAAUGAUUUCACAUCAAUUUUUUCGUUCGAUACAUACAAAUUAUAUAUUAUGUUAUUCAACAAAAAAAACAUUAUUAAGCAAAUUGCGUAAGAAAACUGGAUAUGCAUUUGUAAAUUGUAAAAAGGCUCUAGAGCUAAAUAACAAUGAUAUCGAAAAGGCUGAAGAAUGGUUAAAUAAGGAAGCACAAUCUCAAGGUUGGAAUAAAGCAUUGAAAUUACAAUCCAGAAUAACUUCUGAGGGAUUAAUAGCAAUGAUCACUAACAAAAAUCAUGGAGCACUUGUCGAGAUAAAUUGUGAAACAGACUUUGUAGCAAGGAAUAAAAAAUUCCAUGAUCUAGCACAAAUUAUACUUACCACUGUGUUAAAAUAUGGAAUGACAGUUGAUCAAGAUUCAUUGGUCAAAAAAACUAUGUUAUGUACAGAAUCGAUAAAUAAACUAUGCGCCGAAGAUGGCAAAAGUUUAAGUGAUCAUUCUGCUUUAACCAUUGGGCUUAUAGGAGAAAACAUCAAUAUAAGACGUGCAUUAUGUAUGAGUGUGCAACCAGGUGUACAUCUAUAUGGUUGUACACAUCCUACUCCUGUAAAUCCAGUACCAUCAUCUUUUGGAAGAUAUGGAGCAUUGCUGGCUUUAAAAUCUGAUAAAAAAAAGGAAAUGCUGGGAAUGCAACUUUGUCAACAUGUUAUUGGUAUGAAUCCAAUAAAAGUUGGUGAUCCAACCAUUGAUGAACCUUUAGACAACGUAGAUGAUGAAACUAUUAUGCUGUAUCAAGAAUUUUUAUUUAAUCCUGCACUUUCUAUACAGCAGUUAUUACAAAAUGAACAAAUUGAAAUUUUGGAUUUUGUACGUUUUGAAAUGGGUGAAACAUUUGAAAAUAGACAAUCAUUAGAUUCUAUAGAAACUUGUGGUUAAAAUGAAUAAUAUUCAUUUAAUAUAUUUAAUAUGUAUUUUCAUUUAUAAAUUUUGUAUAUAAA